AUGGAGGCGAAUCUCUGUGCAUCGCUAGGUCUCCCAUCUCCAGAUCCUCGAAAUCAAUACCAACCACUAAUCCAAACUGAAUUCACCAAUCUCUUCACUCAUUUCUCCUCUCCUUUAUUAACUAAAACCCUGCAAAAUCCCGUUAAGAAACACAACAGACCCAUCACCAAAUCCCUUCCCUUUGCUUCAAAUUCUAUCUCCUCUAACCCCAAAACCACGCCCAAUUUCUCGAAAUGGCUCGAACCCACUUCAAGAAACAACCCCAAAGUCCAAUCCCUCAUGAAGAACCUCUCAGUCUUUGAGCGAGCUCUCAUUGGAGCUGGAGGUGGUGGCCUAGCCGGUGCAUUUACUUAUGUGUGCCUGCACCCGCUUGAUACCAUCAAAACAAAGAUGCAAACUAAGGGUGCCUCUCAGAUUUAUAGCAGCACACUUGAUGCUGUAGUCAAGACAUUUCAAGCGAAUGGCAUUUUGGGAUUCUAUAGCGGCGUAUCUGCGGUUAUUGUGGGUUCUACAGCUUCUUCAGCUGUGUAUUUUGGGACUUGUGAAUUUGGGAAAUCGAUUUUGUCCAAAUUGGAGAAAUUCCCAUCUGUGCUCAUACCUCCUACUGCCGGUGCAAUGGGAAAUAUCGUGUCCUCAGCGAUUAUGGUACCCAAAGAAUUAAUCACACAGCGAAUGCAAGCUGGUGCUAAGGGAAGAUCAUGGGAGGUAUUGUUGAAAAUAUUGGAGAAAGAUGGCAUUUUGGGUCUUUAUGCUGGGUAUUCUGCAACUUUGUUAAGAAAUUUACCUGCUGGUGUGUUAAGUUAUUCUUCAUUCGAGUAUUUAAAGGCUGCAGUGUUGAGUAGAACUAAUAAGAGUCAUUUGGAGCCUAUUGAGAGUGUGUGUUGUGGUGCAUUGGCUGGGGCAAUCUCAGCAUCUAUAACGACACCGCUUGAUGUGAUUAAGACAAGGUUGAUGACGCAGGUGAAUAAGGAGGUGGUGGAUAAGGUCGCAGCUGCAAUGUAUAGUGGGGUUUCUGCUACUGUGAACCAGAUUCUGAAGGAAGAAGGAUGGAUUGGAUUUACCAGGGGAAUGGGUCCUAGAGUGGUUCAUAGUGCAUGUUUUUCAGCGUUGGGGUACUUUGCAUUUGAAACAGCUAGGCUUGCUAUUUUGCAUCGGUAUUUGAAGCAUAAAGAGUUGCGUGAAAUGGAUGUUGCUCCUGCGUGAUUAAUGGCUAUAAGUGGAGUGUCAGGUCUCGUUAUCGUGCUUUUCCUUUGGGGACAUGCUCCCAGUACACAAGGACUACUGCAUUGCUGGACCUGGGGAAGCUGUUUAUGUGGUUUGAACUUGUGUUCCCUAUAUCUCUAUUGAACAAUCUUAUCACCCUGCCAAGGCUUUGAUGGACAUGGAAGAAAUUUAGUCUAUUAUUAUUGUUAUUAUUUAUAUAAAUGUAUAGCUGAUAAACACUAGAAGUUCUACUUACUGUAUCCUCUGUUUUGUAUCAGAGGAAAUAUAGUGCAUUCAAUCUUUAAUGUGGUGAAUCCCACAUAAUACUUACCAUGCAGACAGAUUUCCAAUCCAGCCUAUCAAACUUUAGGUUCCUGAGGUUCACUGCUUUGCUGGUAAAGGCAUAUUAAACAGUAUUGCAUCUAUGUAAGGAAUUUUCUA